UCACACACUUUGUUUAGCACGUGUGGCUUGUGUGUGGUGUUUGUUGGCGUUCGGUUUAGUUCAUUUCGCGAGCUCUGGACGACGGACGUUGAGUGUGUGCUGAAGUUUGAUGUCGAUUUUUUAAGGAGACGGAUGCCAGACAUUCCCCCAGGCCAGUUCUCAAAGCAAAGAAAAAUCUUCCUUUCACCCGGAGCGGGAAAUCUUAAAACCUUGAAUAACCCGCAGAAACUCGAGUGCGUGUAGCAUCACCAUCGCCGGCGGAAAAAAAAAUCAAUAAUGAUGAUACGAAAGGAGACAACAAAGCUGUCAAUCACAAGGAUGCGUUAAUUAGAGCUCUCUUGGUUCAACGACACCUAGCCAGGCAAGGGAGAGAUUUACUACUGCCGGCGGGGAUAAUGUGUCUUGAUUAACGUUCUUACUGUCACGUCGGUCUGGUGCCUGCUGGUAGUCUGCUUGGCUGCACGGUCUCGCACAGUAGGGGUUCUUGCCUACAGACUGGACCAUAAAUGAGACUUUAAAUCGACUUGGCCAACAACAGUAGGACUGUCGCCAACUUGGAAUACUUGUGCUCCGAUCGUCAUAGUCUCGCUCCAGCUGAACCGCCCCAUGCUGGUAUCCUGUAGGUUGACAUUGCAGUAGAGCAUAUGACGUCACCGGUCUCCAUGUGCGUGCCGCACUGACCAACCUUCACCUUGGUUGCAGGCAGCCAGAAACUCCGACCGACCGACACCCCAUCGUUCGUGCUCCCGCCUGCAGGGCAAAAACUCUCGACAACAUGCUUCACAAACACAGACCCACACUUUACAUUUUACUGUACGUGACGUUACUAUUAUGGCUCACAAACUGUGUCGGAGCUGGAAGGACUGGCCGCAGAGGUCAAGGGUCACCGAGGUCACAACCCCAGCCUCGCCCCAGAUACUGGAAAAGCAGAAAGCCAAAUAUAGUACUCAUCUUAACGGAUGAUCAAGAUUUACUAUUAGGUUCCAUGAGUGCAAUGAACAAAACCCGGACAGUCCUAGGCGACAACGGGGCGAAUUUCAUCAACGCGUUCGUCACGACGCCUAUCUGUUGUCCCUCGCGCAGCAGCAUCCUGACGGGCCAGUACGUGCACAAUCACCACGUCUACUCCAACACGGAGGACUGCGGGUCCGCGGACUGGCGGAACGGGCCCGAGAGACGCUCCUUCGCUGCAUAUCUGAGGAGCGUGGAUUAUAGAACAGGGUAUUUUGGUAAAUACUUAAACAAUUACAACGGCACGUAUGUGCCGCCCGGCUGGACAGAAUGGGUCGGGCUGCUACAGAACUCCAAGUACUAUAACUACACGUUAAGUCGCAAUGGACAACUGUAUGAACAUGGAUUCAACUAUUACAGGGACUACCUUCCCGACCUGAUUGCUAAUGACAGCGUAGCAUUCUUUAGGAUGUCCAAGAGGACGUAUCCAGACAACCCGGUUGCCAUGGUGUUGUCCUUCCCAGCACCCCACGGGCCGGAGGACGGAGCCCCACAGUACCAGGGCUUGUUUGAGGGCAAUCGUCUCCACAGGACGGAGACUUGGAAUUACACAAACAACAAUGACAAGCACUGGCUGCUGCGUUAUCCGAACCCCAUGACGGAACGGGAGAUGGCGUUCACCGACCUCCUACAACGCAAACGGCUCAUCACGUUGGUGUCCGUGGACGACGCCAUCGCCAAGCUUUGCACAGAGCUGAGUGAGAUGGGAGAAAUAGACAACACUUACAUCAUCUUCACAUCGGAUCACGGUUACCACUUGGGCCAGUACGCCCUACCCAAAGGAAAGUCCCUGCCUUACGACUUUGAUCUCCGAGUUCCAUUCUACAUGAGGGGUCCCCGAGUCCCAACGGGUGUCGAAGUUCCGAACAUAGUGCUGAACAUUGACCUGGCACCCACCAUUCUGGACAUUGCAGGGGUGGGCAUUCCUCCCACCAUGGACGGGGUGUCGCUGCUGAAGCUUUUUAAUCCACAUGAUUACAGGACAAGAAGGGGCAAGAAACGCCGAUAUCGUUACAUCGGAGCCGAACCCUGGCGGUCCAGCUUCCUAGUCGAGAAAACGCGUUCCCCGGAAGACUUGGCCCGUCUGCAGAAGCGACAGUUCCAAGCGCGAGGGAAGAAAGGAGAUCGCCUACGGCAACAGUGUGAGCUGCCCGAGCUCCAGACGCCAUGUGAACCAUUCCAGGACAAAGAGUGUGCCCUGGACGAAGUCACGGGUGAGCUCAAGAUUAGGAAGUGCAGGCACCCCCCAAAGAUCCGCUGUCGCUGCAUGAGGCCGUAUCUGGACCCGGAGCAGGAAUCUUACACUGACGGCCGGCGGUUUAGGCUGAGGGAACGUCCCAUCGGACAGUCGGCUCUGACAAGACAGGAGAAACGUCAACAGAGGGAUUUCAUCAAAGAUCACGUCCAGGAGGCCAAUCCUCCGUUCCGCUUCAUUCGGAACAAACGGGACUUUGCACCCAACGAAGACCGGGCCGUGUUUACUCUGGAAAACCUAGACGAACCAGACGAGGACAAUGUGCUGAUUGAUCCAAAGUGUGAGGUCUUCAAGAAUGACACGGUCAUAUGUGCUAACGAGAUUUUUGAGUCCCGCAAAGCCUGGGUCAACCACCGCAAGAUGAUCGCGGCCCGGGUACGGCUCCUCCGCAAGCACCUCAAUGACCUGAUCGAGAUCAAGGAAUUCCUGAAGGACACCAACCCGUACGACCUCGUAAAACCCGAGGAAGAGGUGCCUCUUCCGCAGAUACCCUCGGAGAAACAGGGGAAGCCGGGGAAGGUCUGCAGGUGCGACAACAUCGAAGGGGACCUGUCGGAGGAGGCGGCCAGGGAGCUGGAGAGACUUGGAGAUGUCUAUGUCGAGAACAAAGGGGAUUAUGAGGAUAAGGACCCAUCGACUGCGUCUCGAUACACCAGGAGCGUUCCAGUUUUCGGCGAGAAUGCUGAUGAGAAUGUUCUCCUCGAGGGCGGUAUUGACGGCUUGUCGCGCAGACAACGGAAGCUCCAGUUCAAACAGAUGUGCAGCGUGCAGGGCAUGAAGUGCACCUCCCAGGAUAACGAUCAUUGGAGGGUGCCGCCAUAUUGGACACUGGGUCACAUGUGUAUGUGCCUGAACGCAGUCAAUAACACCUACCAAUGUCUACGCUUUCUGAACGAGACCCAUAACUUCCUGUACUGUGAAUAUGUCACCAAAUUCCUGGAGUACUUCGACAUGAGGCCGGACCACGAUCCAUACCAGAAAGUCAACGCGAUCUACAACAUCACAGAUGACUAUCGGAGGUUCAUGAGAGACGAACUGGCAAAUUUCCGAUUUUGCAGCGGAGCUAGUAAUUGCACGGCGCUUAAUCCUGCGACAAGCCAUCACGGGAAACCAGCCACCUCUGGAAAAAAUUCAACAAGCGGAAAAAAUCGCCACGGCGACACCCGAACCGAAUCAACCGUAACACCGACCCCGGAAACUUCUGACCAGCUAACCAACGCAGCAGCAACAAUUAGCACACCCCUGCAAACCACUCCCACUGUGACCCUUGACCCCACUGUGACCUUUGACCCUUCUGUGACCUCACUGGAAACCCAACCCCCAGUCCCUCUCACAACGGAAGGGUUAUCAGUCGAAACAACACAGCUCACCUCGGCACGGAAAACUUCAACCAAACCAUUGAGCACACUGGCCUCAGUUACUACAACUCCAGAAAGGGAACUUGGAACGGAAUAUGAAGGAUCUGGAACCGAGCUUACCACAACUGAACACCUAACAGAAAGAAUGUCCCAAAUUUCCGAAACCACAUCCAGUGUUGCAAAUUUAAGUACCCAACUGGCAACAGAUAAACUUUCCGUCAUUACAACUUUAGAAACCCCAAAUGAAAAGUCCACUAGUACAGCUUCCGUGAUCACAACUUCAGUGAUCACAACUUCAGCAGAGAAACUUGAAUCACAAUUUGAAGGCUCUGGCUCCGAAAUUCCAACACCCGACAACUCAUCGACUAGAGAAACAAUACUAAGUUCUGACGUUCCGACACGUAGCGAUACAUUUUUAAGCACCCCUGUAACAACGAAAGAACCAUCAGUCACCACCUCUUUGAACGGAAUUCUCACAAGUGCACAAACAUCCGUGACUUCUGAAGAGAAUCCUGAAAUGGAGUUUGAAGGCUCCGGGACCGAUCUUCCCACAACCAGCGAAUUAUUUUCCAGAGAUACGGUAACAAUUCCAACAUCUCAAGUUCCAAUAACUAAAGAAUCGUUUGUCGUUAGAACACAAGACCCCUUGUUAGAAGAAAUGCCUACAAGUACUUUGGCCUCGAUGACUGAAACUCUUGCGGGGACAUUUGAACUCAACUUUGAAGGAUCUGGGAACGACAAUCCAACAAUUGUUGAAUUGUUGGAAGAGAAAACGACAGGAAGUCCUGAAGCUCCACAAGCCAGCGUUGCCUACAUUGGCACCACUCUGAUUCCUGUCGUAGAUGAGGAUUUCAACGAAGAACCACAAAGUCAGGAGAAAAAAAGUGCAGCGUUCACAUUCAGCAAUUUUCAUCGAAGAUCUAAUUCAGAGGACUCGACGAAGACAAGAUCGCAUCGGAAUGCCGUAGAACCCAACAAGAACUUCAAACAACAUGAUGAGCAGCACACAGAAGUAUCGUCAACAGACAUCACUGGUCCUCCACAGUUGCCAACUGCAGCCGAGCUGAAACGUCCGACUCAGUUUAAUAAGAUGCAUCCGACUCGUGCCUCCGCGUCUUCCCUUCCACUCGAUACAACUCCCUCGUCAUUUCACGGUGAGCUAGAAGGCUCUGGAGCAACGCAAGGUUCUGGCUUGUCCGAAGCGACCAGCGUAAGUUUCAUUUCAACAGUGACGCAACGAAGCACGCCCUCGAGCAACAGCGAAGGCUCAGGGUCACCGGCAACAAGUCGUCAAGUCGGUCGUCCAAACUUCUUGGAAACCACUCCCACAGGAAGGGAACUGCAUGGCAAGACACUAGAGGGCGCUUCAGAAACCAAAUACGCUGUCACAUCAUUAGCAGCUAACGAAGAGCCGUCUGAGCGAAAGAAGCGUGCGUUGUCGGACGUUGAAAUAUUGGAAGAGCACGAUGGGUCUAAUCUCAUGGAUAACCUCAGUCAAAACAAACAGGAGUCAAAUCCGCCAAAGAACAAGGAUAAAACGGUCAGUUUUGUAGUUGAUGACGAUACCGGUGCAAAGUUUCUGGAGAUUCUGGAUGAGCAGUGAUCGAACCGCUCAUCAUCGGUCAAAUACUUUGAAAAGAAAUAUGAAAAGUUUGAAAUAUGGUGUCCCUCAAAAAAUAAAAGACCAAACUAAAUGAAACCUUUUUAAUACUAAGGCUUGCUGUUAAUAUGCAAAACAAAAUGCAUUGUCAAAAGUUAAGACCUAAUUUGCAUCAAGUAUUUGUAAUUUGAAUUUGCGGCCAAUAAUGUGUUUGGACUUUGCAAGUGAAUUUUACAACUUCUUUCUGUUGUGCCUCCUUCAAUUUUGUAGUGUGAAUAUGCCAAAGAAUUUGAACUGUUUUCAUAACUUACAUAUAAUGUGCAUUUGCAAUUAAGUGAAAUAGUUUCGAAGGCAUACAGACAGCAGUCACAUGAUGGAAACAGCGCCCUCCUGUGUUGACCUGUGUUUGAACUGUGACCCUUGCGUGUCAACGGUCAUUCAGCAUGUAAUGAACGCUCUGUGCUUGCAUGUACAUGUAUCCAUGCUUCACUGCGCUAGACAUACCAGUAUUUUGAAAUUAUGGCAAUGCUGCAACUAUUUUAAAAUGAACUUAAACAUUUACGUCAGAAUAAUUAAUACAGUAGUUUCCGACCGCUAAUAUGAAUUUUUUUUAACGUUUCCGUACCGAAGCUGUUUUGGGCACAAGCGAAGCCAGGCACACGAUUACUGUACAUGACGCCCCCUCCAAUGGAGAAACCACUAUUGUACAAAGCAACUGCCCCGUGAUGGAUUAGCUGAACAAUAGCUAGCACAGUGCUGUCGCCAUUGCAGGGGGCCACAGUGAUAGCUUUGACAACGUGUUGGAUUAGCUGUGUGCAUGCGUCACGCUGUUUGUAUAUAGUGGGCUAGGUAUAAAAACAUGCCGCAGGAACUGUUAAUGGCUUUGCGCCUGAACUAAAGAGGGCGCUCUUUGCAGAGACCAUGGGUGAAUGAAUUUUCACAUUGCAUUAGUUUGUUUCUAGCUCAUCUUUAAACAAAAAAAAUGAAUUGAACACGCAAGAUUGUAAGUCAAAAUUAGACCUCAAAUCUUCUUAGCAGAGAAAUUAUUUGCUUAGCAGAAACAGGUAACCAGCCAAUCAGCCAUGCCAUGUACAUAGUUUUUGACUGGUCCUCCGUUGAAUUUUGCUUAAGGAUUUUUUCCAGCUGAGCAACUUUGAAAUAAUGGUCUCAGUAGAUUGAGGCAACACAAAUAACCAAUCCUGUCAGAAUUUUCCAUUUUUUUGUCCGGAAGAAAUAUUUUUAACUGUAUUUGUGCAAAUACUUAUUCGUAAACAGUAUGUUCAAUCAAUUGAAUUUGGUUUGUGAGCAAGAAAUUUAGGUAUUUUUAAAAAAAAUGAAUUGUUUUCGAGCUGGUUUGUGUUCCUAAUUCUGGAUCAAACAAACAGCAAAAGCAUAAAUGUCCACGUUUCUAUAAAAGUAGCAGGAUCCUGAAAAAUUGCACCAUUUUCUUGCCUCAAGUUUAACAUUUCACUUUUUUUAUUUUUUUUAUUUGGGAAUUUCGUUAUACUUCUGGUUCUGUAAUGAUCAUUUUGUAUUUAUGUAGCUAAUAUUUCUUGAUUUAUGAAAUGGAAAGAAAAGAACACUUUAAAUUAUGACAAUUUUGUAUUAGUGUAGAAGUACGUGUAUAAUUAUUCGAAUAUUUGUAAUUUUGAAUGGUUGAAAUGUAAAUGUGAUCUGAGGCAUGUGGUUUAUUCUUUAAAUUUAGGGUCCGAAGCUUGACCAUUUUCCAGUCCUCGUUACAGCUGAACUUUGAAAUUUGCUAUUCAAGUAUCAUUGAGAAUGACUUCAAAUGAUUUUUUAAUUGUUUGGUAGGUAGUUUGCUAUUCAUAAUCACUCUUGGAGGACGACUGCAUUAAGGAGUGCAUCAGAAUUAUACAAUCAUAGAUGUCAGAUGUAACUGGCACAGGAAAAAAGUGGACCCCAAAUUUAUAGAAUGACAAUUAUAUACAUUUCGUACUGAGCAAUUUGCUGUUUUUUGUUUCUACGAUUUUACAUUCGGUAAAUUGCUAAGGGAAGAGUGGCAUUUGUAAAUACAAAUGUAAA